CAACGCGACCCCCAGCCCCAACGCACACACUUUUCCACAGACACCGUGUAUUGUCAGAUCUCUCUGAAUUACUCUCUUUGUCUCUCAGUAAUUUGCACCUUUUUGCCAAGUAAACUUGGAUAAGGGAAAGAACACAAAUGUCGGAAGUCAAAGAUCCAGCGAUAAAGCUGUUUGGGAAGACGAUUCCGUUACCAGAGAUUUCGGCGACGGCGGCCGCCGAGGGCGGCGGAGCUCAUCUAACUACAUGUUCUGAUUUUCCUGGUGAUGAUGGGCCUACUCAAGGCCAUCCUUCUUCGCCCAAUUCCUCGCAUGAUGAGGAUAAUAUGAGCAGAGCUGGAGAAGAGCAAGACCCAGAGAAGGAUCAGCCGGAAAGGAAACUUAUUGAUCCUAAAGAUGAGGGUGGAACCCAACCUUUGACUUCAGAGCAGUUACCAGAUAGAUAUGCAACGUCAGCAACACAAAAGAACUCAGAAAUAUCAGCUUCUGAUGAUGAUAAUGCGGCUGUGAAAAGUAUGGAGACUGGAGAAGAACAGAAUGAGACAAGUAACUCACAAGAGAAGACCCUAAAGAAACCAGACAAAAUACUUCCAUGUCCCCGCUGCAAUAGCAUGGACACCAAGUUCUGUUAUUACAAUAAUUACAAUGUCAACCAACCCCGGCACUUCUGCAAGAACUGCCAGAGAUACUGGACAGCUGGUGGAACCAUGAGGAAUGUGCCUGUUGGUGCUGGUCGCCGGAAGAACAAACACUCGGCCUCCCACUACCGUCACAUAAGCGUCUCAGAAGCUCUUCAGAAUCCCCGAGCAGAUAUUCCAAAUGGACUUCACCACCCUACUCUGCAACCCAAUGUUGGCGAAAAUGGUGAAGAUCAUUCUAGUGGAUCUUCAGUCACUGCUGCAAGUUCAAUGGAUGAGGUUGGUAAAACUGUGCUGCCCGACCCAAUGAUGCCGAACUGUCAGAGCUUUCCACCUCAGGGACCAUGUUUUACCGGGCCUCCUUGGCCUUACCCAUGGAAUUCAGCUCAGUGGAGCUCUCCAGUAUCCUCGCCUGCUUUCUACCCUGCUGGCUUUCCUAUGCCAUUCUACCCUGCAGCACCUUAUUGGGGUUGUACUGUGCCAGGAACUUGGAACCUCACUUGGGUCACCCAGCCUCCUAUGUCUCAAAACCAGAUGGCCCCUCCUCCAGGGCCCAAUUCUCCAUCCUUGGGGAAGCAUUCAAGGGAAUACGACAUGCUUAAAUCAACCAACGAACACAAAGAAGGGCCACAAAAAGAGAGUGAUCCUGAGAAGUGCCUUUGGGUUCCAAAAACUUUGAGGAUUGAGGACCCUGGAGAAGCUGCAAGGAGCUCUAUAUGGGCGACACUGGGGAUUAAACAUGAUACAGCAGAUUCUAUUCGCGGAGGAGGUCUCUUUAAGGCUUUCCAAUCAAAUGGUGACAAAAAGAAUCACACAGAAACCUCUACGGUAUUACAAGCCAAUCCAGCAGCAUUGUCGCGAUCGCUAGACUUUCAUGAGAGUGCGUAAGUGGAUGGCUGGAAAAGCUUUGUGAAUGAUACAUAAUGGUGGCAACGGAAGCACAAAGACUUUUUAGUUCAUGUGAAUUCGCUCUGAAUUUUAAUGUCAUAUUGUGACUUCACCAGGCCUGAUUAGCCAGCCACUCUUUAGAAGAAUCAGUUCUCGAUGGACCAACUGGGAAAAGCAGACAAGAGACUCCUGUUUGCUAAUAGAAAAGAAACUCCUGUGACAUAAAUCUCAAGAGAAGGGAGAUAGAAUUCGUUGGCUGAGGUAACAACUGAUUUCUACUUGUCUUUGGGUGGAAGUUCAAAUAGCUUCUUUUUGAUCUCAAUUAGAUGUUACGCUGAGUUCUUAGUGCAUGUACAUAUUCUUAUUUGAAGUAUUAAGAGCAUAAACAGAUUCCCAUAUGCAGUAAAAUAAAUUUGGUAAUAAAACUCAAGCAUUUCUCCUUGAAC